AUAUUGGAUUAUCUGAAAAGGAUUUCUUCGAGUCGAUUUUCGACCAUCACGUUAUGUCAGGAAUUGUAACAGAAACUAAUCGUUAUGCACAACAAAAUAACUCAAAAAACUGGAUCGAUGUGACGGCUGAAGAAAUGAAAGCAUUUAUUGGAUGUCUCAUCGUAAUGGGAAUCCAUCAGUUACCCGCUUUGAAACAUUAUUGGUCAUCAGAUCCAUUCUUACACGUCGAAUCCGUCGCUUCAGUUAUGACAGCAAGUCGUUUCAAGAAAAUUGUUGAAAACCUGCACUGUAACGAUAACAAGGUACAACCACCGAAAUCUGAUCCAAACUAUGACAAGCUGCACAAAGUAAAGCCACUAUUGGAAAGUUUGAACGAGAAUGUUCGCAAAGUUUAUCAACCUUCUGCCGUCGUCACCAUCGAUGAAUCAAUGAUUCCAUUCAAAGGAAGAUACACGCUGAAGCAGUACAUGCCAAACAAACCAAUAAAAUGGGGAUACAAAGUGUGGUGUCUUUGCGAUUCCUAUACAGGUUUCGUGAUCGCUUUUUUCGUCUACACUGGAAAAGAUGACACACCGAAAAACAUAACUCUUGGAGAAAAGGUUGUGACGAAAUUGGUUGAGGCAGCCAAAAUUGAACGUAUACCAGCUGUUCUUUGUUUGAAAAUUUAAUGAAACGAGAUACAUUCGCCUGUGGUACAGUGAAAGGCACCUCCAAGGGACUGCCGAGUUUCAUGCGUAAAAACA